GUGAUGGCCACUGUUCACUUCAGUCAUUUGAAUUUCAAUUUUCAACUCACAGCACUCACUUCUGACCACCACGUGGCAGUCACCGACGACUCACCACGCGCCUCACUUUCCUUUUCACACUCUCUUCAUCCUCUUCUUCUUCAUCUCAAUUUCCCUCUUUCUCCGUCCACCAUGAUUUGCUCGAUUCGAACCGGAAAAUCCGGUUCAGAAUGGCUCGACCGUCUCCGGUCCAGCAAAGGAAUCCCCACCGGCGACGACAUCGACCUCGACUCCUUCCUCCGCACCGCCCACUCCCAUUCGCCGCAACCCCGGCCGCGAAACCCACCCCGCCACCGUCCCCACCCCUCCGAAACCCGCGACCCGCCGCUUAGCGCGAUCCUCGCCCAGCUCUUCAACACCGGCACCGCCCUCACGCUAACCUCCAAGAAGUGUCCCCGGAAGCAGACCAACCCUAAAAUCUUCCUCGCUCACUCCUCCUCCACAUCCACCGCCGCCGCCGAUUCACCAGUUGCCGCACCCAGCGGCGACGUGGCGGUGGAGGAAGAACAACCAGCUGCUGUAAACCGCGGCGGUGGUGGUGAGGAGGAGAACGGCGAUGACGACGGUGGGGAUGAGUUGAAGGGUUUCACGAGGAGCGAGGUGACUGUGAUUGACACGAGUUGCCCUAGGUGGAAGGUUGAUAAGCUUGUGUUCAGGAAGAAGAAUGUUUGGAAAGUCAGAGAGAGGAAACCGAAGAACAAGUCUUCUGUGAAGAAGAAGAGGAAGGGGGUUCAUGAGGUUGAUGAUAUCAAUGGAACUGAGAUAAGAAGAUGGAUACCAUCGAAUUUCCUGUUAUGACUUUUCAUCUUAAACUCUGUAUGUAAAAUGAACCCUCAACAAUACUUCAUGCUGCAGUUUAUGGGAUAGAAAUGUUGGUGUUGUUUAAGAAACUAAGAGGGAAUGAUAAUGUUUCUCAUUUAGAUUUAUAUCUAAUAUCUAAUUCAUUUCCCUUGUUCAUAAGAGCAUGUUGUGUGGUCAAGUGUAACUUUAAUGGAUGAAGAUCCUCUGCUGUUACAAAAUGCAACUGAAGGAAUCUCAGCCAUCAAAAUAAUUUUACAUAUAAUAUGAUAAUGUAGAAAGUUUGUAAAUUUAAUUUAGUUUGAUGUGAACCAUUGGAUUAUAUUAACUGCACCAUCCUGCAGUUAUUUCCUAACUCUAUGGGAUCUAAAUCCAACAUUAAUGCUGUAAGCUAUUGAUUAUUGAAUAUUGAUGUCUAAUAUACCAUGUUAGUUAUGAUUACUUUAUUUAGAUUCUAUAUCUGAAAUGUCAUUUCCAUUUUAUGUAGCAUUUAGAAGCUUGUGUGGUGCUAGCAUGCAUGGGUAAAUUUUGUUAGAUUUCGUAAUAUUUAUUACAUCUAAUGGACCAAUGGGGUGCUCACCAAAUAUGAACUUAUGUUUUAAUUAGCUUUCUGUGUAUUGAGAAGCAUGUGGUGUUGAAUAAAUGGUUUGUUGUGUUACCAAUGGAGUCAAAAUGUUUAUUUUACGGGAGCCAUGUUCCGCUUUUUUAUCCUACCCUACUCCGGCUACUUAAUUUAUUGAACAAGAAAAUAUGAAAAAAAUAAAAUCUUCAAAUGGACAAUUUACCACCUUGCAAUGGGUGGAGGACUGGAGGAAGAUGGGUACUUAUGGUUUCCUAGUUCUUAUUUAUUAUUGAGAUAGUCUUGAUUGUCUUCUGUUGAGAUUGACUUGUUGAUAUGUUAAUAUCACUUGUAUUGUCCCCUUUCUGGAAUACACGUAUGAUGAUAAUUCCUUUAGCUACAUGCCACUGUUUGGUUAAACACCACCUGUCAGCCAGAAGUAAAAUCAAAAGAAGGAAUUAGAGAAGGUAAUAUCAAGAUGAUUUAUUUUACUGAUAAGAAAUUCUGUUAUGUAUAAGCUUCUUACUGUGUUUUGAAGGUAAACCUCUAUGUGCUGCUUAGUUUUCUUUAUCCCUUUUAUUUGAAGCUGUUCAUAAUUGAUUUUUAAGUAAUGGUAUGAUAAUGCUCUCACACGCAUCUCUCUCUUUCCCUAUAAGUCAUUGUGUAUUUGACUUCUAAAUGUCUAAGUUAUUCAAACGGUGCUUGCUUGGGUGCCCAGAAUUUCAGAUGAGUGUAUGGUACAUGAGUGAUAUGGACCAAUAAUAACAGUACACUUAAUAUGACAUUCAUAAGUUAGUGUUGAGUGGAUAUCAUUUACACUUUUUAUGCCAUGACCACAAUACUUGUUAUUUUACUAAAUAGGUCCCUGUUUAAGUUAAAAAAAAAAUCUCAUCCUCUUCCUCUUCCUCUUCCUUCUUCCCCACAACUCAAACCAGAAAUUCAUGAAUCACCUCAUCAUCUUCUUUUAUCAGUUUCAAACACAGAUCUAAGAAGAUUGGCCCAACCUUUCGAGACUCAACCGAGAAUUGAGAGAUCCAUAAUCGAAGCGAGGAAGAAGAAGAUGCCUCUACCGAUGGGUUUCUGUAUGCAGCGGCGGCGACGCGAGAGCGUGGUGGCGGUGUUCUAGAUCUGGUGUUUUAUCAGGUGUGGAGGCUGAGUAUGGUGCGGUGUGCUCCUGGUUCUGUAGGGACCAUCUUCUCCUCCUCUCUCUCGCUAAUUUGUGCACGAGCAAUCAACGCCGUGACUUCUGCAAUCAUCUUCCUCCACAAAAAUAACUCAUUACCUUCACUUUCAGAAAGCCAAACCCGUUCCCUCUUCCCUCGGAAAUCGGAAAUCCAAAAUCCCAAACUCAGUUUCUAACGAGGACGAGGACGAGGACGAGAUGAUGCGAGCAGGGAUGACGACGAAAGCCACCACUGUAAACCCCAUCGUUUCUCUGGGUUCAAUGGUGCGGAUUCAAACAAUGAUGGAGAUGGCUCAGAUCUAAGUUCCUCUAGUUCAGUGGUGUGUAAUCAAACAUGGAAAAGUUUGAUUUUUAAUUAAUGUUGUUCGUGAGCCAGCUAAUUAAUUGAAUAUGAAUGUUAAAGGAGGAAUUCAGUGGUGUAAUCAAACAUGGAAAGGUUUGAUCUAAUUGAUUUGGGUUGCUCUGGUUCAGUGGUGCUAAUGCCGAUGAACUCUGUAUCCUUUUAGGUUUUAACUUGAGAUGCGGACUAAAUUGAAAACAAAUGUAACCUAUGAGGUUGGUUCAUAAUUUAAAUAACCCUACUGGGUUAAUAUAAAAUUUCAAGAGAUCAUAAAUAAUAUUUACUAAUAUUUCCACAUGUCAUUUUUCCUAUGGUACAUGUCACUCCUGUAUUUGACCCAAAUUUUUUUUGCUUGUACCAGAGGAAUUGCCUAUUCAAACACAGCCAUUGUGAGGCAAUUAAUCAUCACCCUUCAUUUUAUCCUUAUUUGUUGUUUGUCAUAAAAAAGAGAUGAUUGCGUUAAAUUCCGAUCAAAUUUUUCUCUUUAUACUUUUUAACAAGUUUUAACUCAUGCAUUUUUUUGAAAUUAAGCAUGAAUUUUCUACGUGUUUCAUGAAAUGCAGUCUGUUGUAUUUCAAGCUGCUUACUCUCACAUGGUUAGAUUUUGUAUGAAUUUGUGCGGUUCUUGGGGGUCAGCUUGUUCUAAUAUUAUCAUUUUAGAACUCCCUCUUUUUUUUCCCUAAAGCUUUUCAAGAAUUUUCAGAAGACAUCUUUAUGUUGUCUUCAUCUGGAUUCAAGAGCAAGCUAGGCUUCUGACAACAGAUGUUGAUUUAUGCUUUGUGUUGUUAUAAACUGCUUUUGCAAUAGAUAUUGUAGAAUCAUGACCUGUUUGUUCUUGUUAUGAUUUUUAUUCUCGCACGAGUCUUGAGUCUUGACUAACAAUUGAUAUGCCAUAACGAUUUGGAUUUGUUCUCUUUUUCCUAUCAGUUCAUCCAGUUGAUAUGCUGAUGAAAUACAUAUAAUGUUGAACCUUUUCUUUUUCAAUUCAUGAAGCAAGUGGCUAUAUGCAAUGCUUCUUAUUACCUUAGAAAUAAGUUGUAAUAAGCCUUCCAGUAUAAUAAUCUGUUCUUAAAUUUUACGGUCAUAGCAUUAAGAUAUAUCCAUAUUUCCUUGAUCUGACAUGCUUCAAGUAUGCUUAAUUGUGAAGUCCUGAAUUUUUUUUAUUUAAUGUGCUGCCAU